AUGACUCUUCUUCCAUUGAAUGAUCCGACAUUAGGUGCCAGCAACAUCAAUAUAUUCUUGCCAUUAGACCUUGUGCCUUUUGGUCUGGAAAAACUUGAUAGGUCUGGACUAGUUAAUUUGAAAAUACUUCCAUCACCAGUUGCUACGACUGUUGGUGGUGCGGGGACAACCAAGCCGGCUGAUAGCAAAGUCAAUGAUUUGUAUUGUAAGCCCUGCAAAAAGAAGUUUUCCAACGAGGCAACUUGGCAGAAUCAUAUCAAGAGCGCAAAACACAUUGCGAAUCAAAAGAAGGCAGGAAAAGUACAACCUAUUCCACAAACACAAAAGAUUACAGUUGAAGAUGAUCCACUGAUAGUAGAUGCUCUUUUUAAAAUCGAGCAAGCAAAUAAAAAGAAGGUAUCAGAUCCAGACACAGCCACAUCCGAGUAUUGGGAAAUUUCCAAAGUUUUGUAUCAUCUUCAACAACCACAAAAGACAGCCGAUGUUUUGGAAGAGCUGAUUCAAUUAACAACAGACCUCAAGUGGAAAGACACGCACCACUCUGCUAAACUGGCUCUAUCUCGACUCCUUUGCUUAUACAACAAAGACUUUGGCAAUCUAUCCAAGGCACGCCAAUUGAUGUUGGACACAGUAGAGGUUCAGUUGAGCAUUUGUCAUCUAGAACUUUUGAAUGUUGCACAGCAAUGUGAUCGGGAGGAUGUGGCGACUCUCUUGUCAGAAUCACGUAAACUGGUGACAAAGUAUCUGGCAGACAAUUCUAAAAGGAGCGAUCUUGUGCGCCUUGUACUCGAGACCAGUUCUCUGUUUGCACAGAACAAAAGGCCAGAAGAAAAAGAAGAGGGUGGACAGAAUAUAGGAAUUGUGAUGGGAUUUUUGGCUGUGCAUUUGUCAGCCAGUGUUGAAAUGAAGCAAAAGAACAUGGGACGUGUAGGAGAGCUAUUUCGGAUCAUGGGAAGUGUUCAUCGUACAUUGGAUGCUCGGUUACUGAAAGGAGAACUCGGACUUGAUUGUGGAACAAGCGAACAAUUGAAAGAGUCCCUGUGGGAUGUGGCGGAUACUUUAUUGGUCACACUCGAGGCGGAGGACUAUGUUCGAGCAAAGAUCAUUGAAGAAAGGCUUGGGAAUAUCGGCAGCUAUCCUGAUCUAGAGCUUAUUAUGGAGAUCUCCGAAGCUAUUCGAUUACUAGAUGUCGAUCGAUUAAAAACGCAGGUUUCCAAGCUAGGCUAUAUGGGACUAUUGGUGAGUGUGGGAGACGAGGACCUGUUGAUGAACCAAGUUGGGUUUUCACGAGAGUAUCAACUCGAUAUACUGCAAAGAAUGAGGACACUAGUUGCUGCCUGCCAAGACCUUUAACUACAGAGAAAAUAUAUAUAUAAUAUUUGGUCUAUUGCUCUUUUU